GCCCUCCGUCUUUGCCUCAAACCAUUGGCCAUUGUUUCUUUUCUCUCACAAAAACCCAUUCUCUCUGACGGCAUAUGUCUCAAAGGCCCAGCGUUCCUCAUUACUCCUCCGUAGCCUUCGGCCUCCAUUCCCAUCUCCUGGUCUCCAGUGAGAUGAACCCCAGCUCCAACUGGUCCUGUAAUUUUCUUUGAAAGCUUUUCCAUCUAAUUACCCAGCUUCUUCACUAUUCCAGGAUUAAAACCUCUCUCAAAAGCUAAACCCAGAUUUCAUUCUUUCAGAUUAUUAUAACAAGUUCAUUUUGUUUGUUUCCUGAGGGAAAAAAAAAAAAAAAAAAUUUUAAAUUCAAGAUGGGUUUGAAAGGUUUUGUUGAAGGAGGCAUAGCUUCAAUUGUCGCAGGGUGUGCUACCCACCCACUUGACCUACUCAAGGUCCGAAUGCAGCUCCAGGGUGAAAACCAGGCCCCGAUCCCCAAACCGGCAGUCCAAACUCUACGCCCGGCUCUCGCCUUCCACGCCACCUCACUCUCCGCUCCGGGGUCCAUCCACGUGCCACUCCAACAGCCUCAGGCGGUGCGUGCAGGACUACUCGCCGUCGGCGUCCGUCUGGUCCAGCAAGAAGGCGUGGCCGCGUUGUUCUCCGGCAUCUCCGCCACCGUCCUCCGCCAGACUCUGUACUCCACCACCCGAAUGGGUCUCUACGACAUCCUCAAGAACAAGUGGACAGAUCCGAACUCCGGCAGCCUGCCGCUCGUGCGCAAGAUAGCGGCUGGGCUCGUAGCCGGCGCGGUCGGCGCCGCCGUGGGGAACCCCGCCGACGUGGCCAUGGUCCGCAUGCAAGCCGACGGGCGGCUCCCCCCUGCUCAGCGUCGAAACUACAAGAGCGUGGUGGACGCCAUUGGCCGCAUGGCUCGCCAGGAAGGGAUCACCAGCCUGUGGCGCGGGUCGUCGCUGACUAUUAACCGGGCCAUGCUGGUCACGGCCUCGCAGCUCGCGUCGUACGACCAGAUCAAGGAGAUGAUUCUCGAGAAGCGCGUGAUGAAGGACGGGCUGGGGACCCACGUGACGGCGAGUUUCGCGGCGGGGUUCGUGGCGGCCGUUGCGUCGAACCCGGUGGACGUGAUCAAGACCCGAGUGAUGAACAUGAAGGUAGAGCCUGGGGCCGAGCCACCCUAUGCUGGGGCUCUAGACUGCGCGCUGAAGACUGUGCGAGCCGAGGGGCCCUUGGCGCUCUACAAGGGCUUCGUGCCGACCAUUUCGAGACAGGGGCCUUUCACUGUCGUGCUUUUUGUUACCCUCGAGCAGGUUCGCAAGUUGCUCAAGGAUUUCUAAAGUGAUGUUGAUGACCCAUGAUGAUGACGACGAAGAAUUUAGAAUAAAGUUAAUUUCGUAUUAUGAUUAUUUAAUUGAGGAUUGUUAAGGGUAUUACAAAGAAUAUAAUUUAUAAUUUUUCUCAUAAA